AUCAUUGUCAAUCAAUGCCGCUUGUCAAGUUCCGAAAACCAAUGAUUAUGAUUGUCAUUUCAAAUGAGCUUGCAUUUAUCUUCUCCGAGAUUGUUUUGAUUCAAUUUAUUUAGUCUUUAUUUCUUUCUGAAUUGAAAUAAAACGCUUUCGAGCCAAGCAAGAUGACUUCUAACGGUGAUAUUGGAGGUCUGGAUGCGAGCGGCAAAAUAAUUAAGAUGGAGGUGGACUAUAGUACAACCUGUGACGAGAAGAUACCACUAUGGAAAUCCUGGGCUGCUAAGGGGAAGGUCCAAGAAGCCAUUGACCAACUACUGGCUCUAGAGAAACAAACAAGAACGGGAGCUGACAUGGCAUCAACUGCUCGAAUUUUGGUCACAAUAGUUCAAAUUUGUUUUGAGGCUAAGAACUGGUCUGCACUCAAUGAUCAUAUUGUGCUGUUGUCUAAAAGAAGAUCUCAGCUCAAGCAGGCUGUGGUAAAAAUGGUGCAAGAAUGUUACACUUAUGUUGACAAAACACCUGACAAAGAAACCAAAAUAAAGCUCAUUGAAACAUUGAGGACAAUAACUGAAGGUAAAAUCUAUGUGGAAGUUGAGAGAGCCCGGCUUACUCAUAUCUUGGCAAAGAUCAGAGAAGAUGAAGGGAAUAUUGCUGAGGCUGCUAAGAUCAUUCAAGAGCUUCAGGUGGAAACGUAUGGUUCAAUGGACAAAAGGGAAAAGGUGGAGCUGAUUUUGGAACAGAUGAGGCUCUGUCUGGCCAUCAAAGACUACAUCCGAACACAGAUAAUUUCUAAGAAGAUCAAUACUAAAUUCUUUGAUGAAGAUAACACGCAGGAGCUGAAGGAGAAAUUCUACCGUCUGAUGAUAGCUGUGGAUCAGCACAAUGGCCAAUACCUGUCUGUAUGCCGCCAUUUCCGCGCGUUGGGCGAAUUAGCGGGCACAGACGCCCUGGUGGGGAGUGUAGUGUUUCUCAUUUUAGCGCCAUACGACAAUGAGCAAGCGGAUCUGACGCAUAGGCUCAAUGAGGAUAAGGAACUGGAGAAACUGCCCGAGUAUAAACAACUUUUGGGUUUGUUCAUCAACCCUGAAAUAAUAAGAUGGAAUGUCCUUUGUUCGACAUAUGAGAAGAUGCUGCGGAGCACUCCAUACUUCGACGCCUCUGAUGAGAAAGGUCAGGAACGCUGGAAUGACUUGAAAAAUAGAGUUGUAGAACAUAAUAUCCGCAUUAUGUCGAUGUAUUACACUCGCAUCACUGUCAAACGCAUGAGCGAACUGCUUGGUUUGAGCGAGACAGAAACAGAGGAUGCCCUCAGCCAAUUGGUCGUCAGUAGUGUGGUACGAGCGAAGAUCGACCGUCCAGCGGGAGUCGUGCACUUCAGCCUCAACAUGGACGCCUCGGACCGCCUCAACGAAUGGUCCAACAACUUGAACACGCUUAUGCAACUGGUGAACAAGACGACGCAUCUUAUAAACAAGGAGGAAUGCGUUCACAAACAUUUGCUGGCGACUGCCGAGUAAAAUAUUAUACCUAUUAAAUUUAUAUUACCUAUAUGAGCUCUUCUAUUUUGUAACAGUCUGGUUCAUAGUUCUGUUGAGUAAUGUGAAAAUGCUUAGUGUUUUUUUUUACACAAUGAUGUAAAAAUUUUGUUUAAAUUGAAUUUUUCCUUUUAGUUAUUGCUUAUUUUUAUUUUAACUUGUUACUUCAAGUUAUUAUGAUUAAACUCCUCAUGGCACAAUCUUUAUUGUAAACAUAUAAAAGAAAAUAAGGAAAAUAUGAACCAGUGUUACCUAUACAAAUCCACAUAUAUAUUGUAAUUGAAAAUCCAGAUUCGAAAUAAUAAAAUGCAUUUUGAUAAUUUUCAUGCUGGCAUUAAAUAUAGCGUAUUUGGUAAAGUAAAAGUAUAAUAAACAACAUUUGCUGAUA